AUGGAACAGCCUCCUUCUCCCUCAGCAGGAUGGCACUCCCCAGGAUGGGACUCCUCAGGAUCCUCGGGACGUUCGUAUUGGUCCGAAUACGAAGCGUUCGCUGAUAAAUACGAGAGAGAUGCUUUCUGUUAUAUCUGCAGCAGCCAGUUUAACGGCACGCCAAUGGACUUCCGCAGAGCCAUUACUGUUGAAUCUGGGCAAGAUACACUAAUCUAUUCCGCUCACAGAAUCGAGGAGAUAUACGCGUUAUCAUUUGCCGGCUGGCGCACCCUUUUUCGGAUAGUCAUGUAUAACCCGGAAGUGCAAGCGUACCAGCUCUCUGGUGUGGCUCGAAGGCCCUUCCAAAAACGUUGGUGGCAUGAAGAUCCUGAGGAUGAGAGACCCAGAUUUGUUGCGCCACGGGACCAGAAUGAAGCGGUCCUGGAAACUCGGCAGGCCGAACAACUACAUCCUGACCGUCUGGUGGCGCCGAAGUUGGUUAUGAUUGGUGAUGACAUGGAGAAGCAGACCACCUUAGCCGGAUACCUCGUACAUUCAUUGUGCUGGCGCGAAUUCCUCCGACUAAACAAUCGGUCGAACUCGGAAGGGGAUCUCUCUCUUGUCUCUCAAGCAUUGCGGCAACGCUGUUUGCGCCGGAGACUCUAUGUCCAAUAUUGGUUCUACGUCCCAAUCAGAGAACUGGUUCAACUCGAAGACCCCAUUGCUACGGCUUCUAUCCGCCAAAUGGUAAAAGAGUGUAGGUCCAGAGCUUCCCGCGGUGUAUACAUGCAUGUGGGCUCUCGCGCAGUCGAUUCACGAAUUACCUGGCUUCCUCAAGAACUGCAACGCAUGAUCAUAGACCGGCUGGAUCAUAAUGAUAUCCGAAAAAUGUUGCGUGCUCUGAAGUGGAUAAUGGAUCCCAGCUACUGGAAGCGACGGCUGGAUGUGCACUUCUUCAGUGAGUUCAGUUUCUCAGGGAAGAUAAGGGACUGGAUUGGCAAUGGCUGUGCCUAA